AUGGUCUCCCCGACUGUGCGGCGCAAACGCAAACGCGAAUCCUCACCGCCCGACGACAAGCCCCCUACGCAUGCCGACGAGGGACCGCCCGCGCGCAAACGGCAUUUUUUUCUGACCUACUUCAAGAACAAACGACAAUGCCAGUUCUUGCUCGCCUACGUUCCCAUGCGGCAGAAGGCGAGAGAGGAGGCGUGGGAGCGUGCGGACGCUGUGGACCGAAUGGUCUGCAACGAGUUUGCCAAGGCGUUCCCUACCGCGCUUACUCGCGCGGGCAAGACGUCGGGUUAUUGGGGCACCGCAGAGGCCACACCAGAGUUCUGUCACGCCGAGCUGAAAUUGGUCGGAUCUUCUACGCGUGUAGUCUGGCACAGCUGA